CCCCUCUAAGCCAGCAUUGGAGCCGCCGCGAAUAAGUUGUGGCGACCGUCCGUCAUUCCCGGUUUGAAGGUAAAGGUUGAAGGUAGUAAGCUACGUUGUCCGUUCUCGUGUGCCGGAGAAGGGAAAUACAGCGGCAUGGAGAAGAGGAUAGAACUCGAAAAACGUGGAAGGAACCCAGGUCAAAUUGAAGAUUUGAACCUGGACAAUUGUAGGAGUACCAGCAUCGUUGGCCUUAGUGAUGAGUUUACAAAUCUUGAGACGUUAAGUCUUAUUAAUGCGGGCCUUACAAGCCUCAAAGGAUUUCCAAAGCUACCCAACUUGAAGAAGCUGGAGUUAAGUGACAACCGUAUUUCGGGGGGCUUGAACCUCCUCCGCACAAGCCCUAAGUUGACACACCUGAAUUUAAGUGGAAAUAAAAUAAAGGAUCUAGAUACACUAGAACCCUUGAAGGAGUUCGAGAAUUUAAAGAAUUUGGACCUCUUCAACAACGAAGCAACAGGAAUUGACAAUUAUCGAGAAAAGGUCUUCCACCUUAUUCCAAGCCUGAAAUAUUUGGAUGGGUUUGAUGUGGAAGACAAAGAAGCUGAGGACAGUGAAGUAGAAGAUGAUGAAAUAAAUGGUAACGAGAGUGAAGACGAUGAUGAAGAAGUUCUCGAUGAUGAAGAAGACGAAGAAGAUGAUGAACAUCUUGAUGAUGAAGAUCUUGACGAUGAAGAUGUUGGUCUGGAUGCUGUCUACAAAGAACAUCUUGAGGAGGAGAGUGAGGGUGAAGACUAUGAAGGAGAAGUUAUAGAAGAUGAGGAUGAAGAUGAACUUGUGGAAGAAGAGGAAGAUGGUGAAGAUGAAGAUGCAGAAGAUGAGUCGACACCACGAGGGAAGAAGAGAAAGCAUGACGAUGGGGAAGGCAACUAGAGUGGGUGGGCAGCAGGAAGUGUUACGGGACUGUGAUGCUCUUGAACCGAACAGACCGAGCACAGUACGCACAGGCCUGCCUGCAAUGUUGACUUGUUUUUUGUUACAGUGGGUGAAUUCAAUGAGUGGUCCGUUCCAAUCAUGCACCCGCCCUGCCUCGACAACUAAAAGAAAAUGUGCUAAGUGUGGUUGGUUAGGUUUUGUUGGUUGAUCAAUCUUGUGUGCCCUGGAUUGUGGCUACAUGACCAUUAUCUUCUCAUCGCAUUUGAAUUGGCAUGUGUGGAGUGUGGCUCGAGGUCAGUUGCCGUGCCACCCCCUCUCCUUGUCCCCUUUGCGAUUUGGAUGCCAACUUGUUCUUCGGAUGAAUGAUGGCUGGCCAGCCAGUCUUUGUCUAUCUGCCUGGCCUACCUAACCAUUUCUGACCAUGUUAACUCUGAACAAAGGAUGGAUGCAUCUUUUUUGUACAGGAAAAUCUCAAAGCAUUAGUAACUAUAUAUAUUCUUUGCACUUGUAUUCUAGCACAUUUAAAAAUAUUAACAUUAGCAACUUAAUUAUUUUAUGAAACUAGAUGAUAAGCAAGGAAGGGAAUGGUCUGGAUUCAGAAUACUAUUUAGAAACCAGUACCAUGUUGGGUUCAAGAUGCCUUACCGGUUCAGGAAUGAAAUGAGACAGUUGCUGUGACCUGGAAUUGGUCAUUCUAUGUGCAGUGGUUUUUAAAGCUGGCUUUUCUUUCAUUUCUUUCUUUCUUUUUCCUUAGAGCAUAAAUGAGAGUUGUCUUAAAAUAUGGCUCUUCUUUUUAAGGAAGGAACUCCGAUUCCUGCAGUUCAUCCUGCCAAAACAGUAUGUGUUUAGUAUCUAAAUGGCCAUUAAAAGUACAAAUUGUCUUGAAUCUUUUGUAAAAACAAAUUAUAUUAUGAUGAACUGUUGGAAUGUGGCUUUUGAACCAGCACCUGCUGAUCAAAAAUGCUGGUACAAGGUUUUGUCUGUCACUUCAAUUGUUAAAAGUGAAUUUUUAUUGAAAGCUGUGUUGUGUUCUGCUUUAUUUUGAAUCCAGUGUCUGGUUAUAGUGAAUUCUCCUAUUUAAGAGCAAGAAUAUAUACCACAGGUUAAGUAUAACAGAGACAUAGGUUGAAAAUUUGUGAACUUUGAUCAUGUAUUAUGGGCUGUUGUGAUGAUGUGCUGUCACAUAAUCACGAUUUGGUCGCACCGGUUUCUUUAAAGUGUCCGAGGCUAAUUUAUAUCAGGUUUGAAAAUUGAGUUUGUAAGUGUAAAUUGAAUUCUUGAUACGAUUUUCUUCCUAUGUUUACCUGUUUAGCAUAAAAUAUUUUAAAUAAAUGAAUAAGAGAUUGAGGCGCAGUGAAGUUCAUUUUAUGGCUGUCUCCUAAUGAAGAGUAAUUUUAUUGACAUGUUGACAAUCUUAUUUCAACUGAGGAUGGGGGUAGGAUCAGAUGACCAAGAAUGUUUUUGAAGUCAUUCCAUGCCAUCUAAGGAAAGUGGCUAAUGUUGACCAAACAACUGAAAUCAUAAUUCUACUUUGAGAGGCAUGUCACGUAAUUUUAUACUUGCAUUGUGUUGUAAAAUUUCUGGCAGGGAUAUGAAUUUUCUGAUGGUUUUAAUGAUUUUAAUCUUCAGUGAUGGGUGCAGGGAUCAUGAAACUUAUCAGCAGCCAGUGUAAUGACUUCAGAGUAGUAUUUUGUUAAGGUAUUAAUGUUGCAUUCAGAUGAGAAAGAAGAGAUGUUGCAAGUUUUGGUAGGAAGAAGAAUAAUUAUUUUUAAGGAGACCUUGUAUUACAUUUUGACAUGGAAAGUAAUUUUGGAGAUAUGGUUUAUUUGCAUUUAAGUAGAUGUGCUCCAUUUAAGUUCCAGCCCCUAUGUGAACUGAAAUAUGUAUUUUUCCUUCACAUUUCCUUUGGUAUGCCAUCAGGGAUUUGAUUUGGUGUACAUUUCUUCAAGCUGCCUGAGUUGGUGGAGCAGUGUCAGAGUACAGCAGGACUACACAGACCCACAUUCAAGAUUGUUUUAAUAAAACUUAUGAAUUGAUA